AUGAUUAUAUCAUAUCAUAUGAUAACUUCAAUUAUACCAAUUGUAGUGCAACAUAUUUGUCUAUUGAAAGUUUGUCCAGGUCAAGUUGGAGCAUUCUAUUUCGGUGAUGAAACAAAUGGUCAUGUGUUCAGUUAUAAUUUUUCUUUAAAGGAUUCUCGUGCUCGUGGUAAUCAAAGUCGUUUCAGCAUUCUAAUAUUAUCGUGGAAUAAGAUCUAUCUUCUGAGUUCAUGGUCAUUUUUAAUAUCUAACAUAUCACGUAUGGUAUCACGUUUACGUUUAUCAGCCAAUAAAGUUUUCGAUGAUGAGACUUUAGAUAAUACUGCUAACACAACUUCAAAUCAAUCAAGAACAGUAACUCCAUUAAAACGUUGUGCUACACCACCAGCAGCUCUAGCGCCUGUUCUUUAUGGGCAGGCUGUUGCAGCGGGGACCGCUGUUGCAGCAACGGGCUCUGGUCUGUUUCAUCAUUCAACAGUGGGUAGAGAGGCACGCCAGAAAAGAGCUACCGAUUCUGAUAUGCGUUCACUGGCUGAUUUAACUAAAGAUGAUCAGAUAUUCUAUCGUAUUCAUGCCUGGUUCACAUGGUUACUUCGAGCUGGUGGUCGUCGAUGGAAUAUAGUCCCACCGGUUAUUGCUCCACCCGAAGAUGAGGAUUCAUUAAUUGCACAAGAAGAACAUGAAGCGCUAAUCGCAGCUGGUGUUGAACACUUGCUUUCAUCAUGUAUCCUAUCGACUUCAAUAAAUACUACUAAUAUUGCAUCAUCAUCCACUGUUUUUUCAUCAAACAAUACAUCUGAAUCAUCUGAAAUGUUAAAUACCACGAAAAAAAUGUUGGAUUUGAGUUGUAUAUCAAGUGAAAUGGAGAAUUGUGUUUCUGUAAUGAUUUUGUCAAGAUUGUUUACUCUGCUUGGUGUCAAUGCAUUUAGUCGAAUGGUUCAACAUAUAGCUGUUGGGAAUCAAAUUGUUGUUCAACCGUUAGAUGAAGAUAUAAACGCUGCGCUGACAUUGUUUGCUUUAGCUAAACUACUGCCAAAAGGAUGUCUUCGACAAGUGGUAGGAAGUGCUGAAUAUUUGGCACCGUUUCGAUGUAACCUCCUCAGUCUAUCAGUUCAUGUAUCCAUUUCUAAAGAAGAUAUUACUAUAUCUGAUGAUGUCCUCUAUUUAGCUGUAUAUCGUUGUUGUUUUUGUUGUCCUAAGCCAACAGGAAAAUCAUCUGCAACAUUGAAUGAUGAACAGGACAAACAAUCGGAUCUCCAGUGUUAUGUGAAUAGUUUAUACUUUAGGUUAUGUUCAACACUACCAUCAUUUGAUCCAGAGAUAAUAUCGUUCAAGAAAACCUUUUUCAAUCAACUCAGUCAUCAUUGUACCUAUCCAUCGACUGCUGGUAGUCAUCCAUCUUCAGCUGCACGUCACCUUUUAACUGGACGUAUUCCAGUAUCAAGUUAUGUUGACCAGAUUAUAAGAUUGUUCAGUAUUAAUCCACCGUUUCCAAUUGAUGUUUGUGAUACUGCAUUAAACACUAUACGACAUGACUGGAUUAAUCGUGCACGUCUCUUGUAUUCAUUUAAGCGUUGUCAAGGUUCCUCUCUAAGUGGUGAUGAAGCGACUCGCCGAUGGGCAGGUGUACUCGCAUCGAUCGGUUGUUCAUCUCCAGAAAAUGCGGCUGUUGCAAGAUUUUGGCAAGGUGCAUUAAGUCAGUAUUCACGUAAUCAUGUCUGUCAUUCACGUAGACGCCCAACACCAAACUCAACUACUACAUCAAGACGUGGUUCAUUUUGCUCUAGUAACGUUGAUUUGAACGCAGUUUUUGCUGCUGCUGCUUCUUCUUCUUCUUGUAACUCUUGUAGUACAACUCCAACAGCUCCAGUGAAUGAAUGA